AGCGCGCGAAAUCAACAAACCUUAGCUUCAUCUAUUAAUACAAUUCAAAGUGCCAAUAAACCUACGUGCUCUCUCUCUCUUCUUCAGGUAUAACUAAUCAUGGCCGGAGGUGGCUAUUGGAAGCGAAGCGGUUCACUCGUCCUAGCACUCGUCUUCAUCGGAUGUCUGUUUGCAAUUUCUAUUGCAAAGGAGAAGGAAACUAAAUUAGGGACUGUUAUUGGAAUUGAUCUUGGGACAACUUAUUCUUGUGUUGGUGUUUACAAGAAUGGGCAUGUUGAAAUCAUAGCAAAUGAUCAAGGAAAUCGUAUUACACCGUCUUGGGUUGCAUUCACUGACAAAGAAAGACUGAUCGGUGAGGCUGCAAAGAACCAGGCAGUAGUAAACGCCGAGAGAACCAUAUUUGAUGUUAAGAGACUCAUUGGAAGAAGGUUUGAGGAUCAGGAGGUUCAGAAGGAUAUGAAGCUGGUUCCAUACAAGAUUGUAAACAAGGAUGGGAAACCUUAUGUACAAGUCAAAAUCAAGGAUGGGGAAGUUAGAGUCUUCAGUCCCGAGGAAAUCAGCGCAAUGGUUCUAACAAAGAUGAAGGAGACAGCUGAAGCAUUCCUUGGAAAGGAGAUUAAAGAUGCGGUAGUUACAGUUCCUGCAUACUUCAACAAUGCUCAAAGGGAGGCUACCAAGGAUGCAGGUACUAUUGCCGGACUUAAUGUUGCAAGAAUUAUCAACGAACCAACUGCUGCAGCUAUUGCUUAUGGACUGGACAAGCAAGACGAGGAGAAGAACAUCCUUGUUUUUGACCUUGGUGGUGGGACAUUUGAUGUCAGUAUCUUGACCAUUGAUAACGGUGUGUUUGAGGUUCUAUCCACUAAUGGUGACACCCAUCUGGGAGGUGAGGAUUUUGAUCAGAGGGUCAUGGAAUACUUCAUCAAGCUGAUAAAGAAGAAGCAUGGAAAAGACAUAAGCAGGGAUUACAGAGCUUUGGGAAAGCUCAAAAGGGAGUGUGAACGUGCCAAGAGGGCAUUGAGCAGUCAACACCAGGUCCGAGUUGAGAUUGAAUCUCUCUUCGAUGGAACUGAUUUCUCCGAGCCAUUAACCCGUGCUCGCUUUGAGGAGCUGAACAACGACCUCUUUAAGAAGACAAUGGGACCUGUGAAGAAGGCUAUGGAAGAUGCCAGAUUGGAGAAGAACCAAAUUCACGAAAUUGUACUUGUUGGUGGAAGCACCCGAAUCCCAAAGGUUCAACAGCUUCUCAAGGAAUACUUUAACGGCAAGGAGCCUAACAAGGGUGUGAACCCAGACGAAGCAGUUGCAUAUGGUGCUGCUGUACAAGGUGGAAUUCUAAGCGGAGAAGGCGGUGAUGAAACAAAAAAAGUUCUUGUGAUUAAUGUCACCCCGCUUACCCUUGGUAUUGAAACUGUGGGCGGAGUGAUGACCAAACUGAUUCCUAGAAACACUGCGAUUCCAACCAAGAAGUCCCAAGUUUUCACUACUUACCAGGACCAACAGACCACUGUCUCCAUUCAGGUUUUUGAAGGUGAGAGGAGUCUUACAAAGGACAACAGACUUCUUGGAAAGUUUGACCUUAGUGGAAUUCCACCAGCUCCAAGGGGAACCCCACAAAUUGAAGUCACAUUUGAGGUAGACGCAAAUGGGAUAAUGAAUGUGAAAGCUGAAGACAAGGGGACUGGGAAAUUAGAGAAGAUAACCAUCACCAAUGAGAAGGGGCGGCUGAGUCAGGAAGAGAUCGAUCGCAUGGUUCGUGAAGCGGAAGAGUUUGCCGAAGAAGAUAAGAAAAUGAAGGAGAAGAUUGAUGCCCGCAAUAGUCUGGAAACGUACGUGUACAACAUGAAGAACCAAAUCAGUGACAAGGAUAAGCUUGCGGAUAAGCUUGAGUCUGAUGAGAAGGAGAAGAUCGAUACUGCAGUGAAAGAGGCCCUUGAGUGGUUAGAUGACAACCAGACCGCUGAAAAGGAGGACUAUGAUGAAAAGCUUAAAGAGGUUGAGGCUGUUUGCAAUCCUAUCAUAUCCGCCGUCUACGGAAGAUCAGGCGGCGGCCCAAGUGGUGGAGCUUCUGAAGAUGAUGAUGACUCUCAUGAUGAGCUGUAGACAAGCAGGGCAAUUGCUUGGUGAUAUCAGUUUAAUUUAGUGUAGUUUUUCUUUACCGGAUAUUCUAUGGAAGCCAGUUCCUUUUUGGUGAUUUCCCUUACCACUGUUAUUUUGGUCGGUGUUUAUGUUCGGUUUUGGUUUUCAAUUAAUUUAUUUUUUUAAAUAGUCUGAAUGAAGAUACUUUAAACAGUUUGAAGUUUUGACUUGCGAUUUUAUACUCCUG